AUGCCGCAGCUACCAAUGUCCCCGACCUUCGAAGAUGGUUUCCCGGCGGAAAAGCUCUUCUCUCAGGGAUACUCUUACACUUACGACGACGUCAUCUUCCUUCCUCACUACAUCGAUUUCUCCACAGACGCCGUUUCUUUAUCCACGCGCUUUAGCCGGCACGUGCCUCUCUCCAUACCUUGCGUUUCUUCUCCGAUGGACACUGUGUCCGAGUGUCACAUGGCUGCUUCAAUGGCUUCUCUUGGUGGGAUUGGAAUCGUUCACUAUAACUGUGAUAUCGCUGCUCAGGCAUCGAUUAUUCGUCAAGCUAAGUCGCUUAAACAUCCGAUUGCUUCUGACGCCGGUGUGAAAUUCCCCGAGUAUGAGAUUAGUUCGAUUGAUGCUUUUGGUCCUUCUUCAUUCGUUUUUGUCACGCAAACAGGAACAAUGACGAAUCCGAAAUUGUUAGGCUAUGUUACGAAAUCGCAGUGGACUAAAAUGAAUUUCGAACAAAGAGAGAUGAAGAUAUACGAUUACAUGAAGAGCUGUGAUGGUAGCGACUAUACUGUACCAUGGGACAUUGAUCUUGAAAAGAUCGAAGCUGUUUUAGAAGAUAAGCAAAAGGGCUUUGUGGUUCUUGAAAGAGAUGGUGAGUCUGUGAACGUUGUGACAAAAGACGAUAUAGAGAGGGUUAAAGGAUAUCCCAAGUCAGGGCCAGGGACGGUUGGUCCAGACGGUGCGUGGAUGGUUGGUGCGGCGAUUGGGACCAGAGAAUCUGAUAAGGAGAGGCUGGAGCAUUUGGUUGAUGCUGGAGUCAAUGCCGUGGUGUUGGAUAGUUCGCAAGGGAACUCUAUUUACCAGCUUGAGAUGGUUAAGUAUGUGAAGAGGACUUACCCUGAAUUGGAUGUGGUUGGUGGCAAUGUUGUGACGAUGUACCAGGCGCAGAAUCUGAUCCAAGCUGGAGUUGAUGGGUUGAGAGUUGGUAUGGGAUCUGGUUCGAUAUGUACUACGCAAGAGGUUUGUGCGGUUGGUCGUGGACAGGCUACUGCUGUGUACAAGGUUUGUUCUAUCGCUGCUCAGAGCGGGAUUCCAGUUAUAGCGGAUGGUGGUAUUUCAAAUUCAGGUCACAUUGUAAAAGCUCUAGUCCUCGGAGCAUCAACUGUUAUGAUGGGAAGCUUCUUAGCCGGAAGCACUGAGGCUCCCGGAGCUUACGAGUAUAUGAACGGUAAGAGGAUCAAGAAGUACCGUGGAAUGGGAUCGCUAGAAGCAAUGACUAAAGGAAGUGACCAAAGAUACUUAGGAGACAAAACGAAACUCAAGAUUGCUCAAGGUGUGGUUGGAGCAGUCGCGGAUAAAGGCUCAGUGUUGAAGUUGAUACCUUACACAAUGCACGCGGUGAAGCAAGGUUUCCAAGACCUCGGUGCUUCUUCCUUGCAAUCUGCUCAUGAACUGUUGAGAUCUAACACCCUUAGGCUCGAGGCUCGAACCGGUGCAGCACAGGUCGAAGGAGGUGUUCACGGGCUGGUUUCUUACGAAAAGAAAUCAUUUUAA